AUAUCCAUUCAUGGAUUAAAUCACCUGAUCUUGAAAUUGAUUCUUGUCUUGUGCUUUUCUAGCAUCAUAAAUGGUGGAUUAAAACCCAGUCAAUUUAAAAUUUAGCACAAGUCAGAUGUGCUUAUCAAGUUCAGCUAGUAAAAGUCAACUGUUCAAGUGGGCUGUUAUUGUUUUCUUUAGACAUUUUUCCUGGUAGGGUUUCCUGAGCUUUUCAAAAUUUUUGACUUGAACAGAAAUUAUUUAUUUCUUCCAAAUUAAUAUGGCUAAUCAUGAUCUGGACGCAAAAUAUGACGCCGAUUUCAAAUCAGGUUUGGUGAAAAUUAAACCUUUCAUAUUGGAUCUACAGAAGCAAGAACAUGUAUAUCUCUGUCGUAUUUGGCUGGAAAAGCUUAUCAAAUCGGAGCACAGCGAACGUGAAUUGAGAAAUAUCUAUCUGGAAGAAUUAUGCAAAAAUGUACAAAAUAAUGAUUUGGCUGCACCAUUUGAUAAGUCUCCCACAGACGGACCUCUCCAGCCUAUUACGGCUGGGCCAGAAUAUCUUUUAUCCAAGGAAACAAUAGAACUGGUAGAGACAUCUCUGUGCCCUGAUGAGAAGCCCAACACGGAAUGCCAGAAAGACGAACUUUCAACUCAGGAGUCUUUGCUGGGCCAAUCGUCAGAUUCUGAAGAAGAGUGUUGUGCUGAAUUUGGUUCCAGUGAGUCGCUGGCUUCUGUGCCUUGUGUAUCAGCUCGUGUUGACUCCAAUACAAGCUAUGAAUCCGUGCAAGAACAGCUACAAAAUGAGGUUGAGGAAAAGCUCAUCAGUUCAAGUAAAAUUGAAUCGGAAACUUCUGUCAUGAAAGAAGAAAUUCUUCAAUUGAAGAAUGAAAAUAACACACUAAAAGAAGAGAUCAAAAUGAAGAACACAGUAAUUCAUGACUUGGAGAUCGAGAGAGACUGUUUAAAUGAGAAAAUGAUUGUUUUGAAUAAGAAUUUGGAGAAUGUGAAUGUGGAACUCAAACAACUGCAGGACUUUGAAAAAGGUUACAUCCAAGCUCGAAAGGACGUUGAAUUAUGGACUGGAAAAUAUAAGAUCUUUGAAGCAAGAUACUCAGAUAUGGAAAGCAAUUACCUGAAGAAAAUUGAAGAAUACCAAAAUUCCAACAGAAAUCUCAAAUCAGAGGUGAAAUCUUGAAUCUUUAAACUUUUCAAUAGGCUACUAUCAUAGAGAAACAAUAGCGUAAGUAGAUAUCUCAUGGUAUAGGGC